AUGGGACUAUCGGCGGCCGUCCGGGACAGGGUGGCCGCUGUGCACCGGGGGUCGGCGCUGCCCGAACGGCUGCGGCUCUACGACGGCUGGGCCGCCCGCUACGAGCAGGAUGUGGCAGCUCUGGAGUACCGGGCACCGCAUCUCGCCGCCGCCUCUCUCGCCUUCGCUUUCCCCGCGCCCCACGCGGAGGCGCGUCUGCUCGACGUGGCCUGUGGCACCGGGCUCGUAGCGCGAGAGCUCCACCGGCGUGGGUUCCGCUGCCUGCACGGCGUGGACGGCAGCGCGGGAAUGCUGGAGCGGGCACGGAACACCGGGCUCUACCAGGAGCUGCGGCUCUGCGUCCUGGGCAGGGAUCCACUGCCCGCGCCCGCAGAGCACUACGACGCCGUGACACUGGUGGGGGCCCUGGGCGAGGGGCAGGUGCCGAGCACGGUGCUGCCGGAGCUGCUGCGGGUCACCAAGCCGGGCGGCUUCCUUUGCCUGACGACAAGGAGCAACCCCUCGAACCUGCGGUACAAGGCCGAGCUGGAGGUGGCGCUUGGGCAGCUGGAGCAGAGCGGAGCCUGGCAGAAGCUGCUGGCCCAGGAGUUGGAGUACUGGGAGAGGGCCGUCACCGAGGAGGAGAGCACCCAGGGCAAUGGCUACAUCUCUGGGGUGGUCUACAUCUACCAGAAGUGCCCUGUCCCCUACCUCGAGGAGGACUGA